ACCUCUGUGAGGCGGUGGUGAAAGAAAAGGGGCAGAGCAACUGAGCGAAGCUCCAGCGAAGCCGGGAGCCAAGAGCUGGAGGCAGCGCCCUUCUGCGCGGGCCCGCGGAGCCUCGGCCUGCCCUCUCCGCAUUGGCCCCAAGUUUUUCGGGUGUGGGAGCCUUUAGGGGACUGGCCCUGGGCCGAGGAGCAUGUGAGCUGGCUCGGGAAGCUGCGCCCUGCCGCCUAUUUGACACGCCCGCUCUCGGUGGAGAUAUCUGCCCAGCGCUUCUGACUCGAAGGGAAACUGAGGCCCUAGAGGGCACGGCCUCCCCAAGAUCAAAAGCAGGGGCUGUUUUAGCACCUUGUGUUGACUGGACCUCUCCAAGACGGCCCUGAGCUGGGCCCUAGUGAAGAGCCUCACCACUUUGAGGCUAGGUCUGACCUCUGAUUUUCCCAAGGUGUCUGAGAUGGUUGUAGAGGCCCAGGUGGGCUUUCCCUGCAAAGGGGUUAGUCAGGGUAUGGUGCCCUGCUGACUGGUUAUUUCCUGGGUUUGGGUAACUGUUCCUUUCUGCCCGCACCACUGGAGCACUUGGCCCCUGCUGCACUGGAUGCCAUGAAUUGCUAAAAGCCUGCCUGAGAAGCUGCCUUGGGGUGUGGUGUGGGGGGCCCAGCGCCAUGUCGGACCUGCUACUACUAGGCCUUGUUGGGGGCCUCACUCUGCUACUGUUGCUGACGCUGCUGGCCUUUGCCGGGUACUCAGGCCUGUUGACUGGGGUGGCAGUGAGUGCUGGCUCAUCCCUCAUCCGCAACAUCACUGUGGCCUACAAGUUCCAUGUGGGGCCCUAUGGCGACACUGGGCGGCUUUUCACUGAGAGCUGCAGCAUCUCCCCCAAGCUCCGCUCCAUUGCUGUCUAUUAUGACAACCCUCACACGGUGCCCCCUGAGAAGUGCCGCUGUGCAGUGGGCAGCAUCUUGAGUGAAGGUGAAGAGUCACCUUCCCCUGAAUUGAUCCAUCUCUACCAGAAAUUUGGCUUCAAGAUAUUUUCCUUCCCAGCACCCAGCCAUGUGGUAACAGCCACCUUCCCUUACACCACUGCCCUGUCCAUCUGGCUGGCAGCCCACCGUGUCCAUCGUGCCUUGGACACCUACAUCAAGGAGCGGAAGCUGUGUGCCCACCCUCGGCUAGAGAUCUACCAGCAAGACCAGAUCCAUUUCAUGUGCCCACUGGCACGGCAGGGAGACUUCUAUGUGCCGGAAGUGAAGGAGACAGAACGGAAAUGCCGGGGUCUUGUGGAGGCCAACGAUACCCAAGUGGAUGAUACAGGAGCUGACACAAUGAGUGACACAAGUUCUGUAAGCCUGGAGGUGAGCCCUGGCAGCCGGGAGAUGUCAGCCACCACACUGUCCCCUGGGGUGAGCAGCCGAGGCUGGGAUGAUGGUGAUAACCGCAGCGAGCACAGUUACAGCGAGUCAGGCGCCAGUGGCUCAUCCUUUGAGGAGCUAGACCUGGAAGGAGAGGGGCCCUUUGGAGAGCCACAGCUGGAACCUGAGGCCAAACCUCUGGGGGCCACUUCAGGACCUCAGAACCCCUGAGAAGGGUGAGGAGUAUGCUGUGACCUGCACCCUUCUGUGGUACGGUUCCUAAGGAACUGAGCAAGCUCUCCAGCCCUCUUCCUCCUUUCCUUCCCCAGACUGGUGUGGGGGUCACUGGGGGUCUGACUUCUCCCACCCUAGGCCUAUAGCUAGGCCUUUUCCUCAUUGCCCUUUUGGCUUCUGAGGCCAAAGGAGCCAAGGACUGUUAUUUGCAUCAGCCCCCUGGGCUGCCACCCCUGUCAUCUUUUUUCAGACUCACAUUGGAGCUUCCAGAAUCCAGAAUAAAACAAAUGAUUUUCUUGUUUCAUCUUGA